AUGGGAAUCCCUGAUGACGACUUCGACUCCGGGGACGCGCUCUUUGACGAUGUGGAUGAAGAUGACCUCAUUUUCGACGGUAUUGAAGAAGAGGAUCUAAUCGGCAAGACACCCGGAAAACACAGCCGAGGCAAAGAGAACGACAAUGUACCUGUCAAGAAAGCGCGAGUUGGCUCUGUGAGCACCACCAAUGGCAAACUUGGUGAGACACAACGACUCCAGAUCGCUCAGAGAAUAUUGGCAGACAACUUCCGCUACAAAUCGUUUCGACAUGAGCAAGAAGCUGCCAUCAGCAGACUUCUCAAUGGGGACAGUGCGCUCGUUGUGUUUCCCACCGGCGCUGGAAAGUCGCUCUGUUACCAGAUUCCUGCCAUCGCUUUCCCAGAGGUGGACAAACUGACAAAAGAGCGACAUGCCGACGAUGCUGGCAUCACAAUUGUCGUCUCCCCACUGAUUGCUUUGAUGAAAGAUCAAGUCGAUGCACUCAAGCGAAAGGGCAUUGCUGCGGAAUGCAUGGAUUCAACAAAGACCUGGGAUGAACUUCAACAGAUCAACAAAGAUCUCCGCGAGGGUAAGCUGCGAAUAUUGUAUUGCGCCCCGGAGCGUCUCAACAACGAGGGAUUCGUUGGCAUGAUGAAGCACGUCAAAGGAGGAGUCAGAUUGAUUGGUGUGGAUGAAGCGCACUGUAUCUCAGAGUGGGGGCACUCAUUUCGUCCAGACUACCUAAAAGUUGCACGAUUCGUCAGAGAGAUUCAAGCAGAGCGUGUCAUCUGCCUCACAGCCACAGCCACACCACCUGUCAUCGACGACAUUUGCAAAGCUUUUGAUAUUACCGAAGAUGGUGUUUUUAGAACAUCAGUGUAUCGACCAAAUCUACGACUGGAAGCAGAGGCUGUUGGAGAGAAGGAUGACAAGUACAAGCUUUUGUAUGAGUUCUUGAAGACACAUCCUGGUUCGACUCUGAUAUACGCUACUCUUCAGAAGGUUCAAGCCGAAGAGUUGGCGGAGCAUCUCACCAAGAAGGGAUUUCCUGCUGCCCACUUCCAUGCUGGCAUGAAAGUGGAGGAAAAGAAGAUGAUUCAGGAUGAGUUCAUGACAUCCAAGAUUCAAACGGUUGUUGCGACAAUCGCCUUUGGCAUGGGCAUUGACAAGCCAGACAUUCGCAACAUCAUCCAUUGGGAUGUCCCAAGCACCGUGGAAGAAUACUGUCAACAAGUAGGCCGUGCAGGCCGUGACGGUAAACAGAGCUACUGCAUGCUGUAUCUCUGCCGAGAGGACUUCUGGAUCCGCGAGAACUUUGCCCGUGGCGAUCUUCCCUCCCGCCAAUCCCUACGCGAACUUCUCAAAGAUAUCUUCGACGGCGAUGUCGUCAACCUUGCCAAGGGUGAGACUUUCAAAGUCAGCCACUAUCAGCAGUCUACGAAAUUCGACAUUCGCAUGAGUCCUCUUAGUGUGAUCUAUGCGGCGCUCGAGUUGAAGUUCAAUCUUAUUCGUGCUACGACGCCUGAGUACAGCUCGUACAAGUUCGAGGCAACGUCAAGUUACUUCCCUCGUCUCAAAGCUCUCAAUACACCGGAGAGCAAAGCCAUCCUUCAACAUGCCAAAAAGGCUAAGAAGUUCCAUACUAUCGAUCUGACCCAGGUAGCGAACACAGAGGGACUACGACGAAAUGAUCUUGUCAAUCUACUCAACGAUCUCAACAACAAUGGUGCUAUUGUCCUCACCGUCGGCGGCGUGGAACAAAAGUACAAAGUCCUGGACAAACUGCCCAAGACUGACAGCGCAAUCGAUAAACUGACGGACGAGCUCUACGAAGAUCUUAAGAGGCGCGAGAAGCAAGCUCUAGACCGUCUGAAAGAAGUCGUCAACUUUGUCACAUCUCCCAAAUGUUUCGGCGUCGCUAUCGCAGAGCACUUUGGCAUGGAUCUACCCGACAAGGCGAAUAAGUGCGGCCACUGCACGUUCUGCUAUCAAGGUCAACGGGUUGCACUGCCACCCGCGUCACCGAAGAAGGUUGAUAGGGCGGCGGUUGCCCAGGUACUUGCGGCGACGGAUGUCCGCGAUGAUGCGCGAUUCCUGGCGAGGAUCGCAUUUGGCAUCAAGAGCCCUCGUGUCGGGAAGCUCAAGCUUGACAAAACAAAGGCAUUUAUGUCGAUGGCGGAUCAGGAUUUUGAUGCGAUUUUGAAGGAGUUCAAAAAGGCUUGUAAAGAAAAAGAUGACUGA